AUCGUCUGUGGGGAGCCGGUGGACGGAUCUCGCUGCUCUCCGGACAAAUUGAUGAAGUUCUCAUCGGUCAGUUUUGAGGCCGGUCACUGGGGUUGAACGCAACCGACAAUUUCCCAUCGAGCCUCACCACCAGGUGGAGCUGUCCUGCAGAGCGACCGAAGUGUGAACAAGACGACGACAAUCAACAAUCGUCAGUCAGAAUCAGAAUGGACAAAGGUGGGAAAUUGAAACGAGCAGCGAAAAGACUGAAGAGGAUUUUACCAGGCAGAUCAUCGAGGGAAGAUGAUCUGAACACGGGAAGCAAGGUACCAAAGCAGGGUCAGAUUGAGAGCGAUGUCCCAAUGGAAUGCGGUCUGGCCGCAGAGGAGGAGGAGCAAAUUCAGCCCAGAGAGAGUGGCGUCAGAGACACCAAUCAGGACCCUGGAACCGGCACAAGUGAGGCGACUACCUGUCAGCCCAGAGACAGUGACGUCAGAGACACCGAUCCAGACCCUGGAACCGGCACAAGUGAGGUGACUGUCUGUCAGCCCAGAGACAGUGACGUCAGAGACACUGAUCAGGACCCUGGAACCGGCACAAGGGAGGCAACUAUCUGUCAGCCCAGAGACAGUGACGUCAGACACACUGAGCAAGACCCUGGAACCGGCACAAGUGAGGCGACGGCCUGUCAGCCCAGAGACAGUGACGUCAGAGACACAGAUCAGGACCCUGGAACCGGCACAAGUGAGGCGACUGUCUGUCAGCUCGGAAGCUCAUUGAACACAGAACUGUCAAGUCCCCAAGAAGGAUCGGAGCCAGAGUUUAUAAUCUCCGACCUCCUGGCACAAGGGGAGGAAUAUCGACUGUACCAGCUGACAAAGUUCUACAGGGACAGACUCAAACAAGCAAUUGAAGAAAAGGUUGAGAGACUGGGUUGGAUGUUGACAAAGGAGGGACAUUUCAGUAGAGAAGAAAAUGAGAAAGUCACUGAGCUGACAGAGAAGGGAAACCGGGCAGAGAGUUCCAGACUCUUCCUCAGUCUGGUGAAUGGCAAAGGCUCCCGGGCCCGGAGGGCGAUGUGGGAAUCCUUUCUGAUGUGGAGGACUGAGUUACCGAAGUUGGACAGAAUACUGAGGGAAAUACAGGAACUCGGUCCUGAUCCACAAGAAUACUUCAACAUCGGCCAAGGUUUAUAUGAAUUACCCACUCAGCUGAUGGAUGUUCAACAGAAACACAAGGAGACUCUGCGGGCACAAACUGAAACACUGAGAGUGAACACGAUCCUGAUGACGGAGAAGGUGAAGGUUUUCCAGCUGGCUGAUCGAUACGCUGAGCUCACGGUCAUUUCUACUGUUCGAGAUCGGACACUGGUGGAACAUGAGCUGCUGGCAAGAGGCAGAGACCAUGAGGAUUAUAGAGAGGAACAACUCCGCAGACAGCUGGAAAAAAUCCGGACUGAUCAGUUAUUCCAGAGCAGCUUUUCCCGGAGUAAAUCCAAAUCUGGGAGUUCAGCAGCAGUGGCCGGAGUCCCGGGGAUCGGGAAAACUACGAUGGUACAAAAGAUUGUUUAUGACUGGGCCACGGGGAAAAUAUACCAACAAUUCCAGUUUGUCUUCAGUUUCAAAUUCCGAGAUUUAAACAGUAUUGACUGUCGAAUAAACCUGAAGGAACUGAUUCUGGAUCAGUAUCCUUACUUUGGGAAUAUCCUGAGAGAAGUCUGGAAGAACCCAGAGGGAUUACUGUUUAUAUUUGAUGGUUUGGAUGAAUUCAAACACAAAAUCGAUUUUGCGGACAGUCGGAGAGAUACAGAAGCAAAGCACCAGUGCCCAGAUCCCGAGUGGUGGUGUGAAGUGUCUGACAUUGUGUACAGUUUAAUCCAGGGCAAGCUGCUCCCAGGGUGUUCAGUGCUGGUGACCACCCGUCCCACUGAGUUACAUUUGUUGGAAAAGGCGAAUAUCAGUGUCUGGGCUGAAAUCCUGGGAUUUGUUGAUGAGGAACGGAAGGAAUAUUUCAUCAGACAUUUUGAAGAUCAGACGGUGGCGGAAGCUGUUUUCAAUUAUGUGAAGGAGAACGAGAUCCUGUACACCAUGAGCUACAACCCCUCCUACUGCUGGAUCCUCGCUCUGGCACUGGGCCCCUUCUUCACACAAAGAGUCAGGGACCCACAGCGAGUUCCCAAGACCAUCACCCAACUGUACUCCUACUAUAUUUAUAACAUCCUGAAAAACCACGGCCGUGAGAUUGAGAGACCCCGUGAUGUGUUUCUCAGGGUUGGUCAGAUGGCCUUCAGAGGAGUGUCCGAGAAGAAGAUUGUGUUUACAGAUGGAGAUUUGGUCAGCUACAGUCUGCAGCCUUCCCAGUUCCUGUCCGGGUUCCUGAUGGAGCUUUUGGAGAGAGAGGAUUCUGCCUGGAGCGUGGUGUACACAUUCCCACACCUCACCAUCCAAGAGUUUGUAGCUGCAGUCGCACAAUUCCUGACUAUACAUCCCAGGGAAAUCCAGAAAUUCCUGACUGAUACACACAACAGGAGAGAUGGACAAUUUGAGGUAUUUUUCCGUUUUGUUGCUGGUCUCUCCAACCCAAUGACAGCUCGGGGCCUGGAGGAGAUUCUGGGUCCAUUUCCUCAUGAAACAACCUGCCGGGUGAUUGACUGGGUGAAGGAGGAAGUUAAACGCCAGAGUGGAAACACGGGGAGUGAAGCUGGUAAAAGGAGCCUCCUGAACACAUUGCACUACCUGUUUGAGUCUCAGAAUCGUGGACUGGCUCAGGACGCACUGGGAUCUGUGAAAACACUUUCAUUCCGUGGAAUGACGGUGAACCCGAUUGACUGCGCGGUCCUGUCUCAUGUCAUCGGACACUGCGAUACAAUAAAACAUCUCGACCUGGAGGGCUGCCACAUUCAGUGUGAAGGAAUCCAGCGGCUGGGUCCCGGGCUGCACAAGUGCCAGGAGCUGAGACUGAACGAUAAUAAACUGGGGGAUUCAGGAGUGAAACUGGUGUCUGCGGCUCUGAGGAACCCGGAGUGUAAAAUACAGAGACUGGGGCUGGGGUAUGUCGGUCUCACAGAUUCUGGGGCCGAGGAUCUCGUCUCCGCUCUCAGUACAAACACUUCACUGACAGAUCUGGACCUGAGUGGUAAUAAACUGGGGGAUUCAGGAGUGAAACUGGUGUCUGCGGCUCUGAGGAACCCGGAGUGUAAAAUACAGAGACUGGGGCUGCUCCGUGUCGGUCUCACAGAUUCUGGUGCCGAGGAUCUCGUCUCCACUCUCAGUACAAACCCAUCACUGACGGAUCUGGACCUGAGUGGUAAUGAACUGGGAGAUUCAGGAGUGAAACUGGUGUCUGCGGCUCUGAGGAACCCGGAGUGUAAAAUACAGAGACUGGGGUUGAACCGUGUCGGUCUCACAGAUUCUGGUGCCGAGGAUCUCGUCUCCGCUCUCAGUACAAACCCAUCACUGACGGUGCUGAACCUGAGUGGUAAUAAACUGGGAGAUUCAGGAGUGAAACUGGUGUCUGCGGCUCUGAGGAACCCGGAGUGUAAAAUACAGAGACUGGGGCUGUGGGAUGUCGGUCUCACAGAUUCUGGUGCCGAGGAUCUCGUCUCCGCUCUCAGUACAAACCCAUCACUGACGGAUCUGAACCUGGGAUCAAACUCUCUGACAGACCGAUCUGUCUCCGCUCUCCGCCGCCUCAUACUGACCCUCCCGAGUCUGGAGCUGAUCCGGCUGUGGGGGAAUCGGUUCAGUGAGACCGGGAGGAAGGAACUGAGAUCUCUACAGGAACCCAGACCCGGACUGAUGGUGGAUCUGUGAACAUCUGAAUGUGGGGAAUCGGUUCAGUGAGACCGGGAGGAAGGAACUGAGAUCUCUACAGGAACCCAGACCCGGACUGAUGGUGGAUCUGUGAACAUCUGAAUGUGGUGAAUCGGUUCAGUGAGACCGGGAUGAAGGAACUGAGAUCUCUACAGGAACCCAGACCCGGACUGAUGGUGGAUCUGUGAACAUCUGAAUGUGGGGAAUCGGUUCAGUGAGACCGGGAUGAAGGAACUGAGAUCUCUACAGGAACCCAGACCCGGACUGAUGGUGGAUCUGUGAACAUCUGAAUGUGGUGAAUCGGUUCAGUGAGACCGGGAUGAAGGAACUGAGAUCUCUACAGGAACCCAGACCCGGACUGAUGGUGGAUCUGUGAACAUCUGAAUGUGGGGAAUCGGUUCAGUGAGACCGGGAUGAAGGAACUGAGAUCUCUACAGGAACCCAGACCCGGACUGAUGGUGGAUCUGUGAACAUCUGAAUGUGGUGAAUCGGUUCAGUUGGACCGGGAUGAAGGAACUGAGAUCUCUACAGGAACCCAGACCCGGACUGAUGGUGGAUCUGUGAACAUCUGAAUGUGGGGAAUCGGUUCAGUGAGACCGGGAUGAAGGAACUGAGAUCUCUACAGGAACCCAGACCCGGACUGACAGUGGAUCUGUGAACAUCUGAAUGUGGGGAAUCGGUUCAGUGAGACCGGGAUGAAGGAACUGAGAUCUCUACAGGAACCCAGACCCGGACUGAGAGUGAUCCUGUGAACAUCUGAAUGUGGUGAAUCGGUUCAGUGAGACCGGGAUGAAGGAACUGAGAUCUCUACAGGAACCCAGACCCGGACUGAUGGUGGAUCUGUGAACAUCUGAAUGUGGUGAAUCGGUUCAGUGAGACCGGGAUGAAGGAACUGAGAUCUCUACAGGAACCCAGACCCGGACUGAGAGUGGAUCUGUGAACAUCUGAAUGUGGGGAAUCGGUUCAGUGAGACCGGGAGGAAGGAACUGAGAUCUCUACAGGAACCCAGACCCGGACUGAUGGUGGAUCUGUGAACAUCUGAAUGUGGUGAAUCGGUUCAGUGAGACCGGGAUGAAGGAACUGAGAUCUCUACAGGAACCCAGACCCGGACUGAUGGUGGAUCUGUGAACAUCUGAAUGUGGUGAAUCGGUUCAGUUGGACCGGGAUGAAGGAACUGAGAUCUCUACAGGAACCCAGACCCGGACUGAUGGUGGAUCUGUGAACAUCUGAAUGUGGGGAAUCGGUUCAGUGAGACCGGGAUGAAGGAACUGAGAUCUCUACAGGAACCCAGACCCGGACUGACAGUGGAUCUGUGAACAUCUGAAUGUGGGGAAUCGGUUCAGUGAGACCGGGAUGAAGGAACUGAGAUCUCUACAGGAACCCAGACCCGGACUGAGAGUGAUCCUGUGAACAUCUGAAUGUGGUGAAUCGGUUCAGUGAGACCGGGAUGAAGGAACUGAGAUCUCUACAGGAACCCAGACCCGGACUGAUGGUGGAUCUGUGAACAUCUGAAUGUGGUGAAUCGGUUCAGUGAGACCGGGAUGAAGGAACUGAGAUCUCUACAGGAACCCAGA